AUGAAUUCUAUUUGUAGAGAAAAGUUCAUUUCGGCUUUGUUUCGUGAACCGAAUGUUACCUCUUCCUUAAUAGCCAACACACAACAAAUACAAACUACUCUACCAACAAUUUAUGAUAAAGAUGCUACUAGAAUUCAAUCAUUGACAUUAACCGUUAAAAUGACCAUACCCAUUUUAACCGUUAAAAUGACCAUACCCAUUUUGGUUGUCAUCGUUGCCAUUAUUCUCAAGGCAUUUUAUUACGACGAUGUCAAUGAGACACCAAGAUAA